CUCUCUCCUCUCUUUUCCCUUCUUUUCUUUCUUUGCGUAUAUUUCUAUUGUAUUUACCGUACUUACUCUGAUAUCACAGCAUCGACAGUAAUAGUGAAACCACAAUAUACGAUGGCUUUCUUACAGUCGUCUCCUUCGACGCCGAUACUCGUAGCCACUUCUCCGCUGUCACCACUAGACGAUAGCAGCCGGUUAAAACGGCGGUCAAAGUCACUUGACAAUAUAACCGUCAAACGCAAAAGUCAUCUCUGGCAUUACAAUGACGAUUCAACACCACCAGCUUCACCUGUCGUUUCCUUCGGACCACGCCCCGGAUCGGAGGACGAAGAAGAAGAAGAAAAAGAAGAGCAAGACGAGCUAUUAUUACUCGGACAAGAGGAACGCCUCCGCCAUCCUUAUUGUGGUGACCGUCAUCGUCCUCGUCGUCGACGUCGUCGUCGUCGUCGUCGCCACAGUUCCAGUGUGGAGCCAACCACGAAAGAAUGCUUGCGCCUAGCUACUAUUUAUGGCUGGGUUACAGCAAACGCUUCCCAUGAUACCCGCAUAAAUCGUGCAUCCCUAUCAUCAUCAGUGUCACGAGACCACAAACAGCAACGAGCAAUAAAGACUAUUGCGA